UGCUGAGAUGUAUAGGAGAGAAUGGGCUUUGACUGUAUUGUGUUGUGCUGGCAGGAGAGAUUCAGGCAGCCUUCUGAAGAUAGCCUGAGCAUUAGCCUCUUAUGCAUUUCUCUGUUUAGAGUUGAAUGGAACAUGCCUAUGAACAUUUAUUUUACUUUCUUUAGGUUUAAGGUUUAAUAUCUGUUGUAAUAUGAAUAUCUGGUGAUAGUUUUCUGCCUUGGUCCAUGAAAGUAGAUACAAAACAUGGAACUGGUCAACUGUUCCCUAGGCUAAAAUCCCAAUUCUUUCUUACCUUGGGCUCCUCUGUUUAAAUUUUCUGGAAAAGUGUGUAUCAUGACACGUUUUCUUAAGAGUGAAUUGUCGGCUCAUAUUAUGGUAAGAAUGUAUGAUACCACUAGCAGCAUUCUGCCCAAGCAGAUUAUACUGUUAAAUAUUGGGGAUUACAACAAAACAAAUUUAGGUUUUUAUUUUAUUUUCAUGACAAAGGUGCAUUUUGAGGGGGUGUGUGAUAUGUGGAAUCUUGAAGGGUUUCUGGGAGGCGUUCCAGGUGGGGAGUGCAGCAGGAGAGAACAUAGGCAGCAGAUCUAUCUUCAGUUGUCUGAUAGUGGGAAAUUUAUAGAAGUGAAAUCACAGCAGGGAUAUAAUAGGGUAUGAGGUCAGAGAUGAGCAAGGCUACACUUAGAGGAAGAGCUUUUAAGAAAUGGACAAGGUGUUUAUGCUGAACAUACAUCAGGACUCAAACAAUGGGCCCCUCUAGCCUAACUAUGGUUACUUCCAGAGGAAGGGAAAGGAGAAUGUUAGCUGCUUUGAGACUCCUUCGGGUAGUGAUAAAGCGGGAUAUCAAAUCCAAACUCUUUCUUUUCUUUUCUUUCUUUCUUUCUUUCUUUCUUUCUUUCUUUCUUUCUUUCUUUCUUUCUUUCUUUCUUUCUUUCUUUCUUUCUUUCCUUCCUUCCUUCCUUCUUUCCCAAAUGGUUGUGAGAAACCAUGAUCCCAUCAGUGGUUCAGUUGAGAUCCUGCUUUAUGUGUUCCUACAUCAUGAUUGGGGCUUGGAACCAGUAGGUAGCAGAUCUGGGGUGGUGUUGUGGUCUAAACCACUGAGCCUCUUGGGCUUGCCGAUCAGAAGGUCAGCAGUUUGAAUCUGCACGAUGGAGUGAGAUCCUGUUGCUCUGUCCCAGCUUCUGCUAACGUAGAUGCUCAAAAGCAUACCAGUGCAAGUAGAUAAAUAGGUACCGCUACUGCGGGAAGGUAAAUGGUGUUUCCGUGUGCUCUGGCACUCGUCACAUUCCUCUGUGCACUAGUAGCGAUUUAGUCAUGCUGGCCACGCGACCCAGAAAGCUGUCUGUGGACAAAUACCAGCUUCCUCGGCCUGAAAAGUGAGAUGAGCGCUGCACCCCAUAGUUGCCUUUGACUGGACUUAACCAUCCAGAGAUCUGCAUAUAGUUUUUAUAUAGCUAUGUCCACUUGAUGACUAAGUUUUCCCAGUGUAAUAACAUCAUGUGGUGGUAUGGGAAGUACUGCAGACAGGCUGGCACCAUAACGACCUUGCUAAAGCUUCCUAUCCUCAGGAGUUCGUGAUGUGUUAACAAGUGAGAGGGGUCAAACUUUUUUCGUUGAUUAAAAUUUGUUGUUGUUGUUUAGUCGUUUAGUCGUGUCCGACUCUUCGUGACCCCAUGGACCAUAGCACGCCAGGCACUCCUGUCUUACACUGCCUCCCGCAGUUUGGUCAAACUCAUGUUCGUAGCUUCGAGAACACUGUCCAACCAUCUUGUCCUCUGUCUUCCCCUUCUCCUAGUGCCCUCAAUCUUUCCCAACAUCAGGGUCUUUUCCAAGGAUUCUUCUCUUCUCAUGAGGUGGCCAAAGUAUUGAUUAAAAUAUGCCAUGUCAUUACUGCUCAUUCUUCACCUGUGUAAUAUUUUCCAUAGCACUGCAUCAAAACCACCUGGAUUGAAAUAAUCCCCAUUUUUUAAUGCUCUAAAGGCACUGCAUGUAGUUGUUAGUAUGCCCUCAUUAGUGUUUUGUUUUGCUGAAGGACCACACUGAGAAGGGAUUUAAGUUUGGCUGACCAAAGUUCCCAUUUCCCCAGCUGGGCUGCUGGUUAAAUUUUGUUUCCAUAGCCUUCAUCCCUGUUCUGGUUGCCAAAUUGUGGGGGUGGGAAAGCAGAUUAGCUUCGGUGCUUCCAGUGGGUGAUACAGGGCAGCCAAUGGAGUGCCCUUCAAAUGUUGUGGAUUGCAUUUUCUGUUGUUCCCAGCCAGGGUAGCCAGUUGUCAGAAAUAAGGAUGAAUUGGGCAAUGUGCAGGGAUGCGAGUAGCAGCAAAGAUGGAAAAUAGGAACAUGGCUUAGGCCAAGAGGAAGCAGCAUAAGUGAACAGACCAAGUAACCUUUUGCUCAGGAAGGGUAUUAUAGGCUGUCCUUGAGGUCAACAAGGGUCAAUAAGUUGCUUUGGAGGCACAGCCACACAAAGUAGCAAUCCCUUGCUAUAUUUAGGCUGCCAUCACAGCAUAGCAGUGGAACCCACGGCGGAAGCCUUUGUGUAGCUGGCAAUCAAUCCACAUAUAUAACUGUUUAUUGCAUCAGUGAAAAUCAAGAAUCCAAACUCUUCUGAAGCUAAACAAACUGCCUUGAAAGAGAGGUCUUGCACUAUUUUAUGUAAUAGAAGGAAGAGUACAAACUCCAGUGCUCACAGUGCUGAUGCCAUGAUCAUUAUUCAACCAUUCUGAAGAUGGAUUACUGUUACUGAUGGGAAGAAGUCCAAUAUGAGUGGAAAUGAUGUUGGAGGAAGAAGACGCUUUGAGGACAGCGAACACACACUACACAUAUACCCUGGGAACAUUGCUGAAGGGACCAUCUAUUGUCCAGUUAUUGCACGAAAAACUUCCACAGCUGCUGAGGUGAUAGACUCUCUCAUUAACAAACUUCAGCUGGACAAAACAAAAUGCUACGUUUUGGCAGAGGUGAAGGAGUUUGGUGGGGAAGAAUGGAUCCUCAACCCCACAGACUGCCCUGUCCAGCGCAUGAUGUUGUGGCCCCGAAUGGCCCUAGAGAACCGCUUGAGUGGAGAGGACUAUCGCUUUCUUCUAAGGGAAAAGAACCUAGAUGGGUCAAUACAUUAUGCCAGUCUCCAGUCCUGGUUGCAGGUGACAGAAGAGCGGCGCAGGAUGAUGGAACGUGGCUUCCUUCCUCAACCGCAAUACAAAGACUACGAUGAUUUAUGUGCUUUGCCAGACUUGAAUGAGAGAACUCUCCUAGACAACCUUAGAAAUCGUUUUAAACAGGAGAAAAUUUACACAUACGUUGGGAGCAUACUAAUAGUAAUAAAUCCAUUCAAAUUUCUCCCUAUUUACAACCCUAAGUAUGUAAAAAUGUAUGAUAAUCAUCAGCUUGGAAAGCUGGAGCCCCACAUUUAUGCAGUAGCUGAUGUAGCAUACCAUGCUAUGCUUCAGCGUCGGAAGAACCAGUGUAUAGUCAUUUCUGGAGAAAGUGGGUCUGGGAAAACACAGAGCACAAAUUUCUUGAUUCAUCACCUCACUGCUCUUAGCCAAAAAGGAUUUGCUAGUGGAGUGGAACAAAUAAUUCUUGGAGCUGGACCAGUACUUGAGGCAUUUGGGAAUGCAAAGACAGCACACAAUAACAACUCAAGUCGCUUUGGCAAGUUUAUCCAAGUGAAUUAUCAGGAGACUGGCACUGUCCGUGGAGCUUAUGUUGAAAAAUAUCUACUGGAAAAGUCAAGGCUUGUCUAUCAGGAACAUAAUGAGAGGAACUACCAUGUAUUUUAUUACCUUCUGGCAGGAGCAAGUGAAGAAGAGAAAUCAGCAUUUCAUCUUAAACAGCCUGAUGAAUAUCAUUAUCUUAAUCAGAUGACAAAGAAACCCCCCAAACAGAGCUGGGAUGACUGUUACUAUGAGUCUGAGCCGGAUUGCUUCUCUGUUGAAGGGGAAGAUCUGAAGCAUGACUUUGAGCGUUUGCAGCUAGCUAUGGAGAUGGUGGGCUUCCUUCCCAAGACUCGCAAACAGAUUUUUUCCAUUUUGUCUGCAAUACUACACUUGGGUAACAUCUGUUACAAGAAGAAAACCUACCGAGAUGAUUCCAUAGAUAUCUGUAAUCCCGAAGUCCUUCCUAUUGUCUCAGAGCUGCUAGAGGUGAAAGAAGAAAUGUUAUUUGAAGCACUAGUUACAAGGAAGACAGUGACUGUGGGGGAGAAGCUUGUAUUACCAUACAAACUGGCAGAGGCUGUUACAGUGCGGAAUUCCAUGGCUAAAUCAUUGUACAGUGCUCUGUUUGAUUGGAUAGUUUUUAGAAUUAACCAUGCACUUUUGAAUACCAAGGACUUUGAGGAGAGCACCAAGACUUUGUCCAUUGGAGUACUUGAUAUUUUUGGGUUUGAAGAUUAUGAAAGUAACAGUUUUGAACAGUUUUGCAUUAAUUUUGCAAAUGAACGCUUACAACACUAUUUUAACCGGCACAUCUUUAAAUUGGAGCAAGAGGAGUACAGACUGGAAGGCAUCAGCUGGCAUAACAUAGAAUACACAGACAAUUCCGGCUGCAUAAACCUUAUCAGUAAAAAGCCAACAGGGCUGCUCCAUCUGCUGGAUGAGGAAAGCAAUUUCCCACAAGCCACAAAUCAAACGCUACUAGACAAGUUUAAGCGUCAACAUGAAGGGAACCUCUACAUUGAAUUUCCAGCUGUAAUGGAACCUGCUUUCAUCAUAAAACACUAUGCUGGAAAAGUAAAAUAUGGUGUGAAGGAUUUCCGGGAGAAAAAUACAGAUCAUAUGCGACCAGACAUUGUCGCUCUCCUAAGAAGCAGCAAGAGUGCCUUUAUUUGUGGAAUGAUAGGAAUUGAUCCUGUUGCUGUGUUUCGUUGGGCGGUCCUCAGAGCUUUCUUCAGAGGUGUAGUUGCAUUUAGGGAGGCAGGAAGGCGGCACACUGAGAAGAAAACUGGGCAUGAUGAUGCGGUUUUGAAAAGUGUGGAUAGUUUUAGCUUUCUCCAUCACCCAGUUCAUCAGAGGAGCUUAGAGAUCCUGCAGAGAUGCAAGGAGGAGAAGUACAGUAUCACCCGCAAAUGUCCCAGAACACCACUUUCAGAUCUGCAGGGAGUUAACACUAUCAAUGAGAAAAGCCAGCGUGAUAUGUAUGGAGUUGGUUGGAACAGCAGGAUGGGGGUGCGACAGAGCAGACUCUCCAGCCAAAGCAGUUUCCUCGACAAAGAUGGGAUAUUUGUGAAUUCAACUAACAGCAAGCUCUUGGAGAGAGCCCAUGGCAUCCUCAUGCGAAACAAGAACGUCAAAGCCAAGCCUAACCUUCCAAAGCACUUGCUUGAAGUGAAAUCGCUCAAGCACUUGACGAACCUAACUCUACAUGACCGUAUCACAAAGUCUCUUCUCCACCUUCACAAGAAGAAGAAGCCCCCAAGCAUCAGUGCCCAGUUCCAGGCAUCGCUUACCAAACUGAUGGAGACCCUUGGCCAAGCAGAACCCUAUUUUGUCAAGUGCAUUCGCUCCAAUGCUGACAAGCUUCCCCUGAGGUUCAGUGACAACCAGGUGCUUAGACAGCUGCGAUACACAGGGAUGCGAGAGACAGUGCGCAUACGACAGUCAGGAUAUAGUUCCAAAUUCACCUUCAAGGAGUUUGUGGAUCAUUUUCAUGUACUCCUGCCGAGAGGCAUGGUACCAUCCAAGGAGAAUAUCCAAGAAUUCUUAAGGAAAACAAAGACCAACCCUGACAAUUAUCAAGUGGGACGAACAAUGGUUUUCAUGAAAGAGCAGGGACGUCAGCUUCUACAAGGCCUACUGCAUGAGGAGGUGUUGCGAAGGAUCACUCUACUGCAGAGCUGGUUCCGCACUAUGCUCUACAGGAGGCAGUUCCUGAAUUUGAAGCAGGCAGCUGUGGUCAUACAGCAAUACUGGCGUAGUUACCAAAGAAGAAAGCAAGCUGAGGAAGAAGAGUCCCUGAACAAUUCCAUCUGUUUAGGCAAGGCAGCAGUUGUUCUUCAAGCCUACUGGCGAGGCUUUGUGGCAAGGAGAAGAUUUCAGCAGAUGCGGGUGGCUGGCUUCAUUAUCCAGAGCUACUGGCGGGAAUGCUUGAGGCACCGGAAUGCUGCAGCUACCAUCGUCCAGGCAAAAUGGCGAAGCUACCACACCAGAAGUGUCUACAGGGCCAAGAGAAACAAAGUGAUUUUGUUGCAAGCAGCAUAUAGAGGAUACAAAGCACGGCAGAGGUUGAGGAUUUUAAAGGAGCAAAGCUUAAGAGAGGCUCCAUUGAGGAAUGGACUGGCAGUUAAAGAAGAGGAUGGACUUGUACCAGUGGACAACCUGGAUAUUACAGGAUCAGAUCCUUCUGAAUGGGAAGAUCGUUCAUUUGAAGAGCGAGUGAAAGCUGUGGAAGAACAUAAGUCAGUGAUUGAAAACAGAGUGGGUCAGAUUGAUCCCUUGGAUAAUUCUGAGGCUUUAUUGUACAAACACUAUGGGAGAGCCAACAGCCAGAGUGGAGAGAGCAUAGAUGAGCAAGUUCUUGUGAGAGAGAGACCCAAGUCAUUGGAAGACCUCAACCAAAAGAAAGGAGUUCGUGCAAAGCGAGAGAGCCGGCGGAUGCGUGAAUUGGAACAGGAAAUAUUUAGUUUGGAAUUGCUUAAGGUUCGGUCCACUGGUGGGGCUUCUCCCUCAGAAGAGCAUCAGUGGUCACCAGAGAUGAUUUCUGAAGACACGCAAUCUCCCAGGGGAACUCCAGAGAGUGAAAGCUCUCAGGGAAGUCUAGAGAUGCUGAGCCAUGAAGACACUCAGAAGGGCAAGCAGGACCCAACCUUGCUACACGAGCCUGAUCCCAAAAACUCGUUACCAAAUAGCCCUAAAUCUGACAAUGUUAAAUGCAUCCCCGUCCUUGAUGCAGAUAUAAAUAGAAAUGUGUUGGGUGGAAAAAGUUUGGCCUCAAGCUCUGAAUUACCAGAGUGCCUUGCUGCUAAAGGUGGAUCAGUUUGCGAUUCUCAAGGUGUUGUCUACAACUUGCACACAAGAGAGCCACUCAUUUCAAGCAGCCUACCUACAUUUUACCUGCCGCCACAGGACAGUCUCAGAGCUGGCCAGUCAGUUAUAGAGAACAAUUUGAGGAACAAGCGAAUGGAAAUAGGGGGGAAGUUUUUGUUCCCAGAAGCCAAGCAUACCACUGAACUGGACAGGUCAGGGCAGAGCAGAGCCUUUCAUGGGGAAUGUCAGCCUUCCUUCAGUGGACAAGAGGGCCCUGCUUCAGAAAUGCUAUCUUCAGAUCCAGUUAUCAAGAAGCUGGAGAAGCUAAAUGUGGAGAAGGAAGAGCGCCAGAAACAAAAGCAACUGCAGAACGAGAAAGAAAUGAUGGAGCAGAUUCGACAGCAGAAGGAAAUUUUGGGGAAGCAGCGUAAAGUUUUUGAACAGCAGAAUAGGGUCAGGGAAUCCUCUCAAGGAGCCUCUAUCAGGUCACCAAAGAAAACAGACAAGCCUCAAUCUCUCCUCAUUGGGAGUCCCCAGAGCAAAGAGGAGCCUUGUCUUACAACAAGUGCAGGGCCCACUUCAAUGGUGGAUAUUAAAGGUCUUACUGUCACAACAAAAAGAAGCCCACCUGUUUGCCAGAAGACCCAGAAAGAAAAGACUAUCAUCAUGAUCCUGGAACGAAAGGAAGACAAGACCCCAGUUGUUCAGCAGUCUGCAGGAAAAGAUCAGUUAAACUUGCAAAAGGCUGCUGAAUCUCAAGAAGGCUUGAGCAAUCUGCCUGCAAGAGAAAAACGGUUCAGGUUGCCCCGAAUUCCUCGCCAGGGUACUGAAAGCUCUUCUACUGAAACUAGAGGUGGUUCUAUUUUCUUUACCCCAAAGGACAGUCAUGUGGGUCUUAAUUUCAGCAAAGAAUCUUCAGCAUUGCUUCCAAAAGAAGAACAUAAAAAACCAUUAAAGGUUUCUGGACAAAGUAGGGGAGAGCAGGUUGCCAGACCAGCCCAUAAAAAGAAAGCCCGCAUGGCACGGACACGCUCUGAUUUCUUGACUAGAGGUGCUUUUGCUGAUUGGGAGGGGGAUACGGAGGAAGAGGAUUACGAUGACAGUUUUGAAUUCCUUCUCUCCCUUGACCAACCUCCUCACCCUGAGCCCGGCUGUGCAGCCAGACUUGGGCAGCCCUGUCACAGUGACUCUGAAAUGCUGCUACAACGAUUCUCUUCAAAUGAAGGCCAAACAACACUUCACAAAACAAUGUCUCAAGGAGAGAUUGGAAAACUGGCAGCUGCACAGAAGACUGCAGCUGCAGAUGGAAGGCCUCAGAGAGCCAAGAUGAGAUUUUGGGGGAAAGGGAGACAAGUUGAGAAGAAGACCCACAGGGAGAAGCUUGCUACCCAGUCAGAGCUGUUGGAGUUGCAUUCUGAUCAAGAUGCACCAGGAAGAGAGAUUAUUUCAGGUCUACAACAUGAAGAAGAGAUGACACCCCCAAGGAGUCCUGAGUUGUCUGGCAUCUAUCGAAGGGAAUGUAAGGAGAAUAAAGAGCCAUCUCCCAAGGUGAAGCGAAAGCGCAGCCUGAAAAUCAGCAAUGUGACAAUGGAACCUGCACAGUGGCAGAAUGACGCUCUACAGAUCAUAACCAGCGUCAGUGACUUGAAAAGCAUGGAUGAGUUCCUCUUGAAAAAGAUGAAUGAUCUUGAUAGUGAGGACUGCCAAAAGGACACUCUGGUGGAUGUUGUCUUUAAAAAAGCCUUGAAAGAAUUCCGACAAAAUAUCCUCAGUUUCUACUCAUCAGCUUUGGCAAUGGGUGAUGGAAACUGCAUCCGGUACAAAGACCUGCAUGCCCUCUUUGAACAGAUUCUAGAGAAAACAAUGAGACUUGAACAGAGAGACUGGCAUGAAUCGCCUGUCCGGGUCUGGGUCAAUACCUUCAAGGUGUUUUUGGAUGAAUAUAUGACAGAAUAUAUGCCUUCGAAUUGUACUGCCUUAAAGGUAACCAAAACAGAAAGAAAAAAGAGAAGGAAGAAGGAAGCAGAUGUUGUAGAAGAACAUAAUGGUCACAUUUUUAAGGCCACUCAGUACAGCAUUCCCACUUACUGUGAAUUCUGUUCCUCCCUGAUAUGGAUCAUGGACAAGGCCUCUGUUUGUAAAUUAUGCAAGCAUGCUUGCCACAGAAAGUGCUGCCUGAGGACCACAACCAAGUGCCCCAAAAAGUACGAUCCUGAGCUUUCCUCACGGCAAUUUGGGGUUGAACUCUCCCGUCUGACCACUGAAGAGCGAACAGUGCCCUUAGUGUUUGAGAAGCUCACCAGCUAUAUAGAAAUGCAUGCACUGUACACAGAGGGCAUUUACCGGAAAUCCGGAUCAACCAAUAAGAUCAAAGAGUUGCGGCAGGGACUGGACACAGAUAUUGAGAGUGUGAAUCUUGAUGACUACAACAUCCAUGUCAUUGCCAGUGUGUUCAAACAGUGGCUGCGGGAUUUACCUAACCCUCUCAUGACAUUUGAAUUUUAUGAAGAAUUUCUGCGAGCUAUGGGUUUGCAUGAGAGGAAGGAGGCCAUUCGUGGGGUCUAUUCAGUGAUCAGCCAGCUUUCUGGUACUCAUCUGAGUACUUUGGAGCGACUGAUCUUCCAUCUUGUAAGAAUUGCCCUAGAGGAGGAGACGAAUCGGAUGUCAGCUAAUGCCCUGGCAAUUGUGUUUGCUCCAUGCGUUCUCCGCAGUCCAGAUACUACUGACCCUCUUCGGAGUGCUCAGGAUGUCUCUAAAACAAUCAGCUGCAUUGAGCUGAUUGUUGUAGAGCAAAUGGACAAAUAUCGGGCUCGCCUUAAAGACAUCAGUAGCCUCGAGUUCGCGGAGAACAAGGCCAAGAGCCGGCUCUCGAUGAUCAGGAGGUCUAUGGGCAAAGGUCGACUACAUCGCGGUGCCUACCCAAGUCCUUCAUCUCCAGCUCCUCUCCGGUUGCCAUCUGCCUCUGGUGCUGCUGAAGAGGUCCUGAGUGGUGAAGAGGCCAUGGAGGCAGAGGUCUCUGAGCAGCAGAAAGUAGCCAUGCAGGAAGAAGAGAGGGUUUUGACGGAACAGAUUGAAAACCUUCAGAAAGAAAAGGAAAACCUAACUGUUGAGAUGCUGGUACUAGACCCAAGAGCCUCUGAUGAUGAAACUCUGGAAUCUGAGGCCUCCAUUGGCACUGCCCACAGCUCUGAAAACCUGAACGUUGGUUAUGAAGGAGACACCUUUGAUAGACCAGAUAGAAAUUUAGCACUUGGCUUCGCCAGACCCAUCAAGGCAGACACCAUCACUACCAGACCUCGAAGGCAUCUGAAGAAGCAGCAGGAAUCUGUGGAGUCAGUAGACUCCUCUGUGUCUGCUCCAUCUCUGUCACCCUCCCCUUCCUCCUCCUCCUCCUCCUCCUCCUGCUUACCUCAUGUAACUAGGAAGCGAUUCCAGAUAUACUCAAAAUCGCCUUUCUACCGGGCAGCUCCCUCUGGGGAUGCCUCGGCACUCGAACAAGCGCCAGGGCACCUCAGAGGUUUGGAUGACAAGCCGCAGUUCACCACUAGAGGGACUUUCAAUCCCGAGAAGGGCAAGCAGAAGCUGAAGAAUGUGAAGAACUCCCCACCAAAAGCCAAAGAGCUCCCAGAGGCAACUGCCGGGCCAGGCCAGAAGAGACAGCCUGAUGCUGCCAAUUACAACAAUGCCCAGCAGCUGGUGCUACUUGGAAACAAUGAAUUUAUGGUAUGAGCCGCACCAGCUGAUCGCAGCAAAAUUGUAACAUCUCAUCCAUGGCACCCUGCUGCUUCUUCAACACCGUCUGCUGCCACCGGUGUUCUGGAACUCAGUGUGUUGGGACUCAGUGUGUUCCCUCAGUAAACCUGAAGGAAGGAAUGGCCAGUGAGCUGUAUCUGCAUAUUCUGUCAAUCCCCAGUUCUGUCUGUGAUGGGCAAGGGAAUGUGCAAGCAGACAAGAACACCAGAAGAUAAUUGGAGUUCAGGGACCUAUUCUUGAUCCCAGCUGUCAAAGCAGCCAACUUUGGGGAUUGGGUUUUUGCACUGGGAUUCAUAAGCAUGGGCCCUCUUAGAAGGACCCACAGCAUAAAUGAGACCGAGCUCUUGUUUGAAGCUAUUCCUUAUUUGCUUCAUUGUGUUGUCAGAUAUUUUAAAACGUUCAUUUCUACCCAAGCACUUCUCAGACAACCGUCAGGUGCAUACCUGUUGUGGAAAAGUGAGCUUUUUGACUUUAAAAAAAAGGGUCAGAAUAACAAAUGCCAGUUUGAUUCCAGUUAGGUCAAUGCCAAAUAUUUGUGCCGAAUGUUCAGUAGCCAUAACCACAACAGGUGUUCUGUUUUCAGGGCACAGGAUAGGCAGCAUAAAUAUUAGGAGAUAGAACCCCCUUUGUUUUUCUGGCUAUGUCCUGGACACACUCUGCUGCUAGAUGAGCAAAAAGCUCCACAAACAGACUGACGGGCAGGAAAAAAGUCACUCCCAGAAUCACUUUACUCAAGCAAAAUGCAGAUGGGUGGAGAAGCAGUAAGGAGGGCUGCUGUCACAAUCGGUCUGUUUAAAAUGUGAUUUAACAUCACAUUUUUGCUGAACAUCAGUAUUAAGCAAAGUCAAAACAAAAUCAGAGACUACUUGAAGCUCUUUGAUAGUAUUAUGGUUACUGAAGUUCAAUGUAAAUAUGUUUUGUUUUGUUUUGUUUUUUAACCCACCCACCCCACAAUGUGGGACUUAACUCCCCCCCCCUUUAAUGUGGGACAUUUAAGCCAGGAAGGUAAAUGGGGGGGGGAUGCUAGAAUUAGUUCUGAGGUCUUGACAGUGUGAAACAACAGAAACUAGUCGUUUUUUGCAUCCUAAUGUCAUGAGGUAAUUCCCACCAGUACCUUGGAUUUGGAGCUUUCAGGAGUUCGUCUUUGUGAUGAAAUGGCUGUGAAUGUGUGUGUGGGAAAAUUUGCUCCAGUUCUUGACUUUAGCAGUAAUGUAUGUAUCUUUUAAAGUGGACCUUUGGGGAGCCCCAUUUUUUUUCAGAGCAUCACUGAGGAUAGCAGAAAAUAUUCAGAUGGAUAAGGUUUGCCCAGCUGCUUUGUAUCACCCAUGCAAAUAUAGCUGUAAUUUUAAAAAACCUUUUAAUAUUAAAAAAAAUCUACCAACAGGGGCAGUGUACUGUGAUGGUAUGCAUGAGAGCAGGGAAUUUGAUAACCUUUAGUUUCCAGCUUUUGUUAGUGAUUGUAUGCAGGUCCUACGCCUCAUUUCCAGUCUGAGUGGUCUGACUGGCUAAGAAUCAGUGAUGAGUUGGUGGUUUAAAACCAAACAUGCGAGCAGCCCCUUCCAAAUUCAGUCCGGGGCCUCCAAUUACCCCCCACCCACCCCCAAAAAAGGCAAUUAAAAAUUGCAGCUUCAUUUGUGUGGGUCUCGUGGCACAAACUAGCUGGACAAACCUCAUCCCACUCGAUAUCUACUGCCACUUUACUCUUUUGCACUUGCCCUGUUAGUCAGACUUUGUCUGGCUGCUGACAUGGGAAUCCUCAGCUGUGCUCUUCCUGCUUCAAAUUACCCUUUAAGAAAGAGAGGAAAAGGAAUAAAGCAAUGUAGGACACCCACAGCCAGAAAGGGUACCCUACUCUUUGAACCCACCUCUCUAAAUGCUAGUAUGUUGCAGACUAAUAAGCUGCACUCCUCUCCUCUCCCCCCCCCCCCCAAUCCUGCUCUUGGUCCCGAACUGCAUGACAGUCAUUGCAUUUCCCCCACACACAUUAGGUGCUUGUUUCUAUUUGAGCCACACUCAGCAAGUGCACCCAAGAUCCUUUGGAAACUUGUCUUCUCAUUUUGACUAGUUGCUCUGUUGGGAAGUGCUAGGCUCUGCAUACACUCCAGGGUACUAAUUCCUAUUUCUUCCAGUGCAAAGCCUUCCUUUCAGCACUGGCCUUGUUGGGGGAGGAGGAGAUACAAUCACAUAAUUCAGAUGGGUCCAAGCCAGAGUUUCAGUUGUUGCACUGUUUGUUUUGUUUUUGAUACUGGCAACAGGAAGAAAAAAAGUGUUUCCAUUAAUUUCCCCACCCAUAGUUUUGCCUGAUACCUGUCUUCCAAGAUAGCAGUCUGCUCUUCCCCACCUGCACUCCCUGACCCUGUGCAGUAAGUACAGGGUCUUGGAAUUUUUUCUCCCCACUCAUGGUAUUAAGUGAAUGUACUCACCACUAGAAAGGACGUUGGCUGCAUAUAGUUAUUUUUAAUGGAUUUUUUAAAAGUAAUUUAUAAGUAUACUGAGUGUAAAUUUUAAAAGACUUAUGUAUUGUAAAAGGAUAUAUUGUCCUGUGUCAUACUCUAUAAAUCUUACAUGUUUAAAGAAGAAUUCUAUAAAGGAAAAUGCUUUAUUUUGCUCACUGAACCAGCUGGCUUGCAGUUAGCUGGCACAUUGUAAUUUCAUGUCUGGAGGUUUCUUUAGUUUUUUAAAUUAAUGUUAUUUUUGUUUCUCUUUCCUGGAACAAGGCCGUCAUAUUCAAAGUGCAAUUUGUGUAAUAUUUUGUAAAUAUGAUACUAUAUGGCUGUACAAAAACAACUUUAUGAACAAAUAACUUCUAGCUUAUUAAAGAAGAAAACAAUGGAAAAUAAAAUGAUAGUGGCAGAUUUUUUCCAUACUUGGUAAUCAUAAUCAACCAUCUAGACAAAGGCUUUUGUGUCUUUGGGAGACAGGGCAAUAUUGAGAGCAUGAAACCUAAGUUAGAAGCAGAAGUUUUUUAGGGAAGUGAUAACAAAGCCAUAUAAAUUAUGUGAUUCUGGGACUAUGCCACUUCAGACUGCGAGGGCACAUUUUAAUCACUAGGAGGCA